CUCCAGCUGUCCUUGUAUUACACAUCUUAUUUCAAACUUCACCUGUGAGCCUAACUAAGCACACAUACAUCGAUGCUCACCGUUUGGCACCAUGUUACGAAACUGUAUCUAAAUUUACAACAAUUAUCUCACUGUACUAUAAUUAUAUGUGUUAUAAAAUGGCGCAGUGGGAAUUGAUUAUGGUUUAGGGCUAGUUUGGGAAUACUAAUUUUCCAUAGGAUUUUCAUUUUCCUAAGGGAAAAUGAACUAAUUUCCCUUGGGAAAAUGAAAAUCCUAUGGGAAAUUAGUGUUCCCAAACUAGGCCUUAGAGCGCAAUAAAAACAUGACAAAGUAGUUAAGACUUCAUCAAGAAGGCAGAAAAAAUCCUACGAAAACCGCCGGAAUCCUCUAGAGAAAACCGUUUCAUUUCUCCCGUGGUGGACAGACUGGUGGUGGUGGUGGUGUGGGAAAUUUCGCGGCCACGCCCCUCCCUGUUUCCACAAAUUAGACGUCCAGCCCUCUGCAUCAUCGGUAGGCGAACCACGCGUGCGCGCACGCACGGUAUACGUACGCGUACAUAGGCAGGUAGGCGCAGGUCCCUUUUACUUUACAGUAACCCCCAAAUAUUCCUGGAAAAAUUAAUCCCACCCGCGUUUCCACCCACAGGCCAAAGCAGGCGAGAGGCCCCAGGCCCGGACGGACGCCACAAGACACGAGGACAGGGGGGAAGCUGCAGGAGGGAGACGAGCAGCCGGCGGUGAGAGCAACCCGGCCCGCCCCAAUGGAGACGCAAGUGGCGGCUCCGCCACACCAGCAGCAGCAACAGCAGCAGAAGGCGGCCAACCUGGCGCGCACCUUCACCAAGCUGCUCCGCCGCAAGCGCGCCGAGGCCGCGGCGCAGGGCGGCGCGCCCGAGGCGCCCGCUUCUGUGGCUCCAGGAGACGCGCUGGAGGAGGAGCGGACGGAGCCUCCGCCCGCCAUCCCGUCCCUCAGCAAGCUCAAGCUGUCGGGGAACCUCGCCGCCGCCUACUCCUUCGACGCCUUCUUCCGCAACGCCGCCGAGAAGAAGGCGGCGGCGGCGGGAGGGGGAGCGGUCCGGCAGCCUGCGGGUGCGGGGGAGGUGACGCUGGAGGCCGCGGCGGAUGCGCUGCUGGCCAACCUCUUCGCGGGGGUCUCGGCGGUGAAGGCGGCGUACGCGCAGCUGCAGCUCGCGCAGUUCCCCUACGACGCGGAGGCGAUCCAGUCCGCGGACGCCGCCGUGGUCGCCGAGCUGACGAGGCUCUCCGACACCAAGCGGAGGUACCUGAGGGACCCCGCCGCCGCGGCCCGGGGCGCGGCGGCGGCGGGCCACACCGCGCUCGCGGCGCACGCCGAGGAGCAGCGCCACCUCCUCAAGACGUACCAGAUCACGGCGCGCAAGCUGGAGUCGGACCUCCGGGCCAGGGACGCCGAGGCCGAGCGCGCCAGGAGCUCCCUGACCGGCGAGCUCCGCGCCGAGCGCGCCCUGGAGGCGCGGCUCCACCCGGGGCGGACCCUGGCGUCGCUGGACGAGCUCCACCUCUCGGGCCUGAACCCGACCCACUUCCUGACCGCGCUGCGGCACACGGUGAAGUCGAUCCGGUCCUUCUCCAGGUCGAUGCUGAGCUCGAUGCAGUCCGCCGGGUGGGAUCUGGGCGCGGCGGCCGCCGCCGUGCACCCGGGCGUCCCGCUCCGGCGCGCCGGCGACGCCAAGUUCGUGUUCGAGUCGUACGUGGCGAUGAAGAUGUUCGCCAACUUCCACCGCCGCGACUUCAACUUCAGCUUCCUGGGCGAGCGGGAGUUCUACGAGCGGCGGCGCUUCUUCGAGGAGUUCACGGAGCUGAAGGCGGAGCCGGCGAGCGCGUUCCUGGACGCGAGGAGCCCGCGGUGGGGCGGGCUCGGCAAGUUCCUGCGCGCCAAGUACCUGUCGCUGGUGCACGCGCGGAUGGAGACGGCCUUCUUCGGGCGGCUGGAGCAGCGCGGCAUCGUGAGCGCCGGGCCCGGGUUCCCGGAGAGCUCGUGGUUCGCGGACUUCGCGGAGAUGGCGCGCCGCGUGUGGCUGCUGCACUGCCUCUUCUUCGCGUUCGACGGCGGCGCCGAGGAGGACGGCGCGUCCAUCUUCCAGGUGCGCACGGGGGCGCGCUUCUCGGAGGUGUACAUGGAGAGCGCCAGCGACGGGAGCGCCGGCGACGACGCCGAGGACCGCGUGGUCGGCUUCACCGUUCUGCCGGGGUUCAGAGUCGGGCGGACACUGAUCCAGUGCCGCGUCUACCUGUCCAAGCCGGGGCGGCGGCCGUGAUCGAUGAUGGGUCGUGGCUGUGAGAGACCGAAGAGAGAAGAAGAUGAUGGGGGGGGGGGGGGGGGGGGGGGAAUAGUGCCCAUUUUGGGUCGGCCGUCGAGGUCUCCCGCCGGCAGCCGGCCGGGGCAGUGGCCAUUAUGAUGAUGACGGGGGGGUGGCUAUGUAUGUAAAUCUAUCCAGACAUGUAGGGAUGUUCUAAUCCGUAAUAUAAAUGGUAUUUUCAGUUCCAGAUGCUGCA